AAGAGUAUAAUCAAUCAGCAGAUAGCAAUCAGGAAAUUGAAUGUCAACCAACCCUUCGAGCCGGAAUUUAUUUGUUAUUAAUUAAUCCUGACCUUGGUUUAGUAAUUCAAUGGCCUGAAAUUGGAUGCUAUAAAGAAAAUGCUUCGUCUCAAAAAAAGAAAAAUAUGACUAACUUGCAUAGAUACCUUACUAAACUGACCGAUAAUCAAAUUUGUUUUAUGAGUGAAAAUGAUUUGGAAAACUUUGAAUUUGACGCAAUUAACAAAGAGCAAGAUUCUUGUGAGAAAAAUAAUAUGUGUUAUGAAUUUGAAGUUAAAAAGAGUCAGGAAGAAAAGGAAGAUUUCAAAUUAUUUCCGGGUUUUAUUAUCAAUCUCCCACUUAAUAUGAAAAAAAAUUUGGAAAAUUGUGCUGAUAUUGAAACCCCCAUGGUUGUCGAUUCUAUUUAUAAUCAAACUUUAAUCACUCGAAAAAUGAUUACUCUGACAUCAGUUAUGCGAAAGCACACUGUUACUAGUUCAUUCAACACAUUUAAGCAAGAAUUCCAAUCCCCCCGUUCACAACGAUUUACUUUAGAAAUCAGCCGUAAUAUGAGCAUGAAAUCUUUAGAAAUACUGGUUAAAUAUGGAUUAAAUAUGGAAGAAGAGAUGAUUGGCCCGUUAAAAAAUGCUAUUGCUAUAGUCACAAAGAAAAGUGAUUUAAAAAAAGAGCAUGAAAUGCUUAAUUUAAAAAUGAACGCAGAGUAUUUUACAGUUAUAUCUCAAAAAUUGCUUAAAGAAUUAUACAGUGAAUUUGAACUUUUGGUUUGCGAAAAAUUAACGGAAACUUUAAAUUCUCAAAUUGUUAAUACUGCUAUUGGGAAUAUUAAUCUCAAGUAUCCUAAUAUUCAACGUAAAAUUGAAAAUGCUGUUCAAAUUAAUUCACAUUCUUGGAAAGAGUUGAAGUAUCGAUACUAUGUUUUUACAACAUUGAUUACUAAAUUUGCCGUGGAAGAUAAACAUAAUAAGCAUAACGUUGAGAUUAUUUAUUUGAUCUUUAAAUCUUUACCUCUUAUACUUAAGGAUGAAGAAAACAAUCUUCAAAAACUUUUUGUAAAGUAUUUUGAAGCUCAGAAAGGAAUUUUAGAAACAUUAGUUUCUUUCUUCACUGUAACUUCUGAUGAUGCCCCUAAUUUAAAAUUGGAUGAGAUUAAUAUAAAGGCACUGUCAACCAGAGCUACUGAACUUCUAAACAGCCAGGAUGACAGUUGUUUUAUUCAAAAUCUAUUCAGAACACAUCUUUUUGAUUCUUAUCAAGAAAUUAAGAAAAGUGUCAUUAAUAUCUUUCUUGAUGAAUAUUUAAAGUGGAGAAAAACUUUUGUUGAAAAGAUUAAAGAUAUCGUACCUGAUCAGACCAAAGAAAUAACUUGUAGAUUAGAAGAUGAACUUACAAGAUUGAUUCGAGAUUUAGAAAAGAAUGAAUUUGAAAAAAUAUGUCAAAAUAUUGAAGAAAAAUAUCCAAAAGAUAAACCUAAAUUUAGGAUAUUAAAUAUUGAUUAUUGCGGUUUUCCUCGUCUUAACUCAAUUCGUUUUACUUUUGAAAAUGAGACAAUUCAAUCCGAUCAAUUACAAAUAAAUAUUUACGAAACAUCAUUGGAUCAAUCUGAUACAUUUGAAUUACAAGAGAAAGAAUUACAUGUACCUAACCCUAUGUUUUCUAUGAAUAAUAAUCAUGAAGUUCCUGGGAUAUCAUUUCAAAUCGAUCCAGUUGUGUAUGAUAUAAGAAAACUUUCUCAAUUUGAGAAUAAAAAAUUCUUCUUAAUACUUUGGAAUAAAAAGCAGAAACGAUAUGAAACCUUUUUUGAUAUUGCAUCACGUCUUAAUAAUAUUUUUAAUUCUGAUUCACCAAAACCUUUCAAGAAAUUAAAUGCGAAGAAAGAUUGUUUAUUUGCUAUUAAUGAACCACGGGGCCUUAUUGGUAUAUAUGAUACAAAAAGCGGGGUGUUAAAUGUUUACGUGUUUGAUGAUAUGUAUGAACGUCUGUUGCUACGUAAUCCAAAUAUUCAAAUAUUACAAUGGUACAAUUUUUCAGCACCAGAUAUACAACAUUUCUUCUUCAUUAAAGAUACUGAAGAAAUAUGUUUUGUGGAAAUGGGAGGACGAGCACGCAUUUAUAAUCUUAUUAAUGGACAAUUUCGUCCUGGAAUAGGUCAUAUUCCUGCUAACGCAAAUAUCGUUGUAUCUACUCCUGAUGGUACAUGUAUAGUUGCUUUCGUGAAAGGGGAAUUACAAACAGAACAGUCUUUUAAAGAUAGUAUGGAUAUUGAUAAGCAUAGUGUUACAAAUGAAGAAAAGUAUUUUGCACAUAUAUAUUUCUGUUCUAAUUUUAGAAGUCCUGUAAAAGUAAUUGAAAUGCCUUCAACCAUGAAGUCACCCGAAUAUUUUCAAUUUUCAUUGAUACAAAAACGUCAAAUUCAUUUAACUACACUCGAUCUUGAAAAAUAUUUAUUUUGUUCAUCUAUUAUUAAGAUUACUCACGAAAAAACACAAUAUAGAUUUCAGCAAAGAUUCAGAAAAAGUUCUCUGGGACAGGCUAGAUUAUGUCCUACUUUACAAAGCAAUUACUUGUCUAUGAUCGAAGGGAAUAAUACAAAUUUUACAAAGGAUAUUCAUGAAGGAGAUAAUAUUAUAUUAUCAGGUGAAAAGUAUAGAGUAAAAGAAAUAAUCUCUGAUAAAAUUUUGAAAAUUCCUAAAUCAAAUCUUGUAGAGAGUAAUAAUUGGAUGGAAUUUCAAAUUGAACGUAAAAUAAAUCAUAAUGGAUUAAUUGAUGUAUAUAAGUUAACAUUUGAAAAAUAUCAAGUUGACAGCUGUGUUGAUUCUGAAGCAAUAAGACCUUUAAGUUUACAAAUUGCUUUAGAUAUACAUGAUAGUAAUCAAAUUAAAAAUUAUGAAAAAAAUUUUAAAGAUUAUGUCUCGGAAAUGUUUGAUGAGUUGAAAAGAACAACAAAAAAACCUUCGACUUCUCUAAAAAAGUUUACUGUAGCGGUCUCCACUUUUAAUAAUUUUGACAUUGACGAUUUUAAAUUUAAACAAGAAAGCUCUACUGAAUAUCAACUUGGAGAAUGGAUAAUUCAACUAUCUGUUUUAAUUCCAAUUCAAAUUGCUGUUGCGCGGAAUAACCUGUUCAUUCCACUUCGGGAUGGCUUAUCAUCCGAAACUGAGCAAGGAGAACCUGAAGAUGAAUACGCUAUACAUAUUGAUGCAAUUGCUCAAAAUAUAAGUUUUGGGUGGUAUGAAGGCAUAUUUAAAUAUUUUGGAAACCGGCAAGUUAAAGUAAUUAGUUCAAUGGGAGAACAAAGUUGUGGCAAAUCUUAUAUGUUAAAUCAUUUAAUUGGAACUACAUUUGAUGGUUCUGCUAUGCGCUGCACUGAAGGUGUAUGGAUGUCAUUAGUGAUUACAAAGAAGUAUUUAUACGUUGCUUUGGACUUUGAGGGGCUUAAAUCCCUUGAACGAACACCUCAAGAAGGCAUGACCUCCAAUUUAUUCUUGACUAUGUUUAAUACUGUAGUAUCAAACAUGAUACUUUUCAAGAAUCAGUUUGCUGUUAAUAGAGAUAUGUCGAUAAUGUUUCAAAGAUUUCAAGAUAGUGCAUUCUUAUUUGAAUCAGAUCCAAAGAUAUUUCAGGCAAAGCUUUGUAUCAUUAUUAAGGAUGUACCGAAACAAGAUCGGGAUGAUAUUGUUCGUGAAUUUUCAUUAAAGUUUAAUAGUUUGGUAGCUGAG